AUGGUUUCCCUUUUUAUGGACAAGACCCUGAUUGUGAACAACAAGGACAACGAUGAAUUGGAACUGGAACGCGAGCUGAUCCGAGCGCUGGAGAAUAAGGUGAUGCUACUGUAUUUUGGCUCUGCCGAAUGUCCUCGCUGCCAGGAAUUUGUGCCCAUCCUCAAGGAGUUUUUUGUGAGGCUCACAGAUGAAUUUUACGUGGAGCGAGCCUCCCAGGUGGUCCUGAUUUACGUGUCUCUGGACGAGACGGAAGAACAGCAAGAUGAGUUCCUGAAGGACAUGCCCAAGAGAUGGUUGUUCUUACCCUUUCUGGAUGAAUUAAAAAAGGAACUGGAAUUAAAAUUUUUGGUGACCGACCCCCCGGUGGUGGUGGUAUUGAAGCCAAACGGAGAGGUCAUCGCUGCCAACGCGGUAGAGGAGAUCAAGGAACUGGGCACGGCGUGCUUCCAGAACUGGCAGGAGGUAGCUGAACUCGUGGACAGGAAUUUCCUCAUGCCAGAGGAUUUCGACGACCUGAACUGGAGGAGCGUCACCGAUCCCAUCCGCAGGCUAAAGUACAAGAUGAAAAAGAGGAAAAGGAAAAAGAGAAGCAACCAAGAGGAAGAGGAGGUGGAUGAAGAUGAGGAGGAGUCCUCUUGA